GAGAGCACUUUUUCAUUCGUUGAGAAAAGAAGAUUUUCUACUAAAGAAAAAAUAGGAAGGAAAUAGAUUUUUUUGGUAUAAAAAACAGUUUGUGAAAAAGAGUUAAAAAUGUUGAAGUCCAAAACAUUGUUGACUGACCAAAGUUUCAGUACGCUUGAAGAUAAAAAUACAAAGUUGUAUCCGAACUGUGACGGUUCAGUGUGGUUGAGAUCGUGCGAAAAAGAGGUUUUAAAACCAAUUUAUGGGACACUUCAUGGUCAUAUUCCGAAAUGGCUUAAAGGUUGCCUUUUAAGGAAUGGACCAGGCAGUUUGAACGUCGGUAACACACAAUACCAUCAUUUGUUCGAUAGUGCCGCCUUACUUCACAAGUUCGAUAUCAGCGACGGAAAUGUGUCUUAUCAGUGUCGUUUCAUUAACACCGAAUCGUACAAAACAAAUCUGGCAGCCAAUCGAAUAGUGGUCACUAGCUAUGGUACGAGAACGGUUCCGGACCCGUGUCAAACGAUAUUUCAAAGAAUAUCAAGUGUAUUCUCGGCAGAUCCGAUCAACGAUAACUGCAACAUUUCGAUAUAUCCAUUUGGUGAUGAAUUCUACGCAUUUACCGAAUGCCCAAUAAUUCAUCGAAUCGACAUCGAAACAUUGGACACAGUUGGAAAGCGUGAUAUAAAACAGAAUAUCGGAGUUGUUAAUCAUACGUCGCAUCCACAUAUAAUGGACGAUGGCACUGCAUACAAUUUGGGAUUAUCGGUUAAAAAUGGUCAAUCACAAUACAAUAUAAUAAAAUUUCCGAAUGGAACGCAAAUGUUUGAAAAUGCAUCAAUCAUUGCUGAAAUUCCAGCACGUUGGCAGAUGAAUCCGUCGUAUAUGCACUCAUUUGCAACCACGGACAAUUAUUUUAUUAUAAUUGAGCAACCACUCAGCAUAUCAAUGGUUGAAUCACUCAAGGCGAAAUACUUGAAAAGACCUUUGGCCUCGAUUUUCAAGUGGUUUCAAAAUGAGUGCACGCUAUUCCAUGUGAUUUGUCGUCGCACGUGCCAACGGAUAUUCACUUUCAAAGCAGCACCAUUUUUCUAUUUACACACAAUCAAUGCACACGAGCGUGGUGAUUAUAUCGUUGUUGACAUUUGUUGUUAUCGAGAUCCUUCAGUUCUGGAUUGCAUGUAUGUGGAAGCAAUGGAAAAUAUGCAAACCAUAAAAAACUACUCGAAAAUGUUCCGAAGCCGACCAUUACGAUUUGUUUUACCUAAGGUUUUACCCAUCGCCAAACAAUUUCAACGUGAACCACCAACACCUUCGCUUUGGAAUACUUUGAAAAACAUCACUUCUAAUUUAUCAUCGUCAAGCAUUGAACAUUAUUUAAUGAAGUAUCAAAACACCGGUUGCAUCAUCGAUUCGGUUAAAGUUGAUUUGAAAUUUUGGUUGAACUUUGAAUCAUGCUAUGCAAUCGAGAAUUUAGUAAAAAUGGAGAAAAGUGAAUGCAGAGCAUAUCAUUUGGAAGAUUCAACCAUUUAUUGUAUACCCGAACGACUCGGUGACAUUGGAUGUGAAACACCAAGAAUAAACGAUGUUAAAUCAGCUGGUAAAAACUACCGCUUUUUCUAUGCAAUCAGCUCUGAUGUUGACGCUGACAUUCCGGGAACGAUCAUAAAAGUGGACGCAGACAAUAAAACAAUUCUUACAUGGAAUGAACGAAAUGUAUAUCCAAGUGAACCGAUUUUUGUACUAGAACCACAUGCAGAGAAUGAAGAUGAUGGUGUUAUCUUGUCUGCAAUGGUAUGGGGUAAUGGCGAUGAAAAUAAAGUCGGAUUGUUGGUAUUAUGUGCAAAAACAUUAAAAGAACUUGGACGAUGCAUAUUUAAGACGCCUGGACCAGCUCCCAAAUGUCUUCACGGAUGGUUUACGGAAAGAAAAUAAAUCAAUGCGAUACUAUAUAACUUUUUGACACAUACAAUCAAUACAUUGUUCUCGAAAUUGGUUUUAGUUGAAAUUAUUAUUGCAUUAUAGUUUAGUAAGCAUUUUGGAAUCACUGAAAUAUUUAAAACUGUCGUCACAUCAAUCGAGCACUAAUAAAAAUAAAAUAUUAUAAUGAA